CGCACACGUGACCGGAUGCGCCGCUCGGGCCGUUCUCGCGCGAGGCCGCGAGCCCCUCCGCGGCCCCGCCCCCCUGCGCGCGCGCGGCCGGCGAUGGGCGCCGCGGGGCCCGCGUGCGCGGCGCGCGAGCCGCUGUCGGGGGAGCCGGCGCUGCGCUCCGUGCUGCGGCACGUGCGGCUGGAGAACCUGGCGGCGGGAAUGAGCGGCGGCGUCCUGGCCACCCUGGCGCUGCACCCGCUGGACCUCGUCAAGAUCCGCUUCGCAGUAAGCGAUGGGUUGGAGCUGAGGCCAAAGUACAAUGGAAUUCUUCACUGUAUGAGCACAGUCUGGAAGCAUGAAGGGCUUCGAGGCUUGUACCAAGGGGUGACUCCAAACAUGGUGGGAGCAGGGGCCUCCUGGGGACUUUACUUCUUCUUUUACAAUGCCAUCAAAGCUUACAAGAAGGAGGGGAAGAUGGAAAGUCUCAGUGCGAGCGAACAUCUGGUGUCAGCUGCAGAGGCUGGAGCCAUGACCCUCUGCAUUACAAACCCAAUAUGGGUAACCAAGACCCGACUUGUGCUACAAUAUAACGCUGGCGUGGAUCCAUCCAAGCGGCAGUACAGAGGAAUGUUUGAUGCUCUUAUAAAGAUAUACAAGACAGAGGGCAUACGUGGCUUAUAUAAGGGAUUUGUGCCUGGCCUGUUCGGAACAUCACAUGGAGCACUUCAGUUCAUGGCCUACGAGGAUUUGAAAGAGAGAUACAACAAGUAUAGAAACAGAGUAUCAGAUACAAAAUUGAACACUGUGGAAUACAUAAUGAUGGCAGCUGUAUCCAAAAUAUUUGCUGUGGUAGCGACAUAUCCCUAUCAAGUUGUGCGAGCUCGUCUUCAAGACCAGCAUAACACAUAUUCCGGGGUGUUUGAUGUGAUCCGCAGGACGUGGAGGAAAGAAGGUGUUCAUGGAUUUUACAAAGGAAUUAUACCUAAUGUAAUCAGAGUGACUCCUGCCUGCUGUAUUACCUUUGUAGUUUAUGAAAAUGUGUCUGGCUUUUUACUUGGUUUUAGGAAAGAAAAUAAUUAAAAGAAUGUAGAGACAAUAAACCCUGCCAACAUCUCUCCUGUUGAAUGCUCCUGCAUUGCUGCCUUCCUCUCUGAGUCAGCUGUGCCUGCUUGAGGCAGAUGUCUGCAACUGUGAAAUAAGAGUGCUGUGACUGGGUGAAGGCAGCUGCACAGCAAUCCAUUCAUCCUGGCCUGCCUGGAAUAACCCACUAAGCAGUUUCAGCAAGUCUCAAGAUAACAGUUGGUGAGAUUCUGCUCCUGCACAAGUGGAAAACUUUAUAUGAAAGCAGCCCUGGGCCCUGUCAAAACUUUCACAAAUCUCUGAGUCUCAUUAAAACAAGGAAUGUCGUCUGAA